AUGGCAGAUUUACUACUCUCUACCCAGAUUACAGCUACUGUGGAUGAAUGCUGGGUUAAUACUAUAGAGAGAUACGACAAUGUGAAUGAGAAUAUCUACAACUUUGAUGAGAUUGACUUUCAAAUGAGAGUUAUAUCAACAGUCAAGAUGAUGACUGAGUCUGAGAAUCAUGACAGACCAGUGCUUUUACAGUCAGGAAAUUGA